AUGGGAAACCGAUGUUGUCACCGGUUGUCAGAGGAGUCACCCAUCCAGCUGCCUGUCACUUCAACCAUUGCCGCUUUACCUUAUAGGGUAAUUAAGUGGCGUACUUUAUGUGUGAGAACAUCCAAGCUUCGGUCCGCUGGCUAUCAGGGUGAGAGCCUCAUGGGUCUCGAUUGUGUAUCUUCUUCAGCGUUCUCACGGCUUCGUUGA